GCCGCUUGUAAAGAAAUUUCUUCGUUUUUCAUAUAAUAAGUGAACAAAAAUGUCGAGUUGACGUGCUAGAAAUGUGAAUAACCCGCAUUAAAUUUGUUCUCCGGGAGUGUAAUUCUUGUAUAAGAGAUUUUGAGAAUAGAGUGCUAACAUUUGUUCGUUAAGGUGCUUUGAUUUCUAACCAUUACGUGAGUGUGUGUGUGUUGUGUGUUUCUCGAUCAGGGAAGGACAACAUGUCAUAUUCGUAAGGAUCACAAAAUGUGAGUUGGGUCAUCGAGUGUGAUUUUGGACUAAAAAUUUCCCGAGGGUUUUGUAACCACCAGUUGUAAUGGUAAUCCAAACGUGUUCACAAUGAACCAUCUCUAGUUUUAUGAAACUGACGAGGCAGAUUAUUUGACAGUGAAUGUACCAUGAGACAGUCGAAGACAUGAGCCACAAUAUUGGUGGAAUGGCUCCUUUCAUGAGCAUGCCCAGGGGUCGGGGCCAGAUGUAUUACAACCAGUGUCCAGGCGAUGGACCCCCUCCUCCCCCUCCACACCAUCUGCAGCGACCCCUCUGCUUCCCCGAUGAUAAACUCAACUGCGGGAUGGGUAUGGGGGAGUUUAAACCCCCCAUGAUGUCCAAUCCUGAGCCGCCUCCGCCCAAGAAAAAGCGACGACAAUCCAACAACCAAGCGAUGAAUCAGAACCCUCCACCUGCCAUUCAGGAUCUGCUGCCUCCUCCAUUGUCUGGUUACGGGGACACGAUAGUUGCGUCCAACCCGUUUGACGACAUGCCGCCCCAGCAGCAGGUCAUGUCCAUGAACCACAUGAACCGAGGACACAUGCCAUGCAGCCCUCAUAUGAUGCAUAUGCCACCUGGGCCCUGUCAGAUGGGGGGCAGUCCUAUGAACUGUGGUCCUCCCAUGGGUAGCCCCAUCGGCCCCAUGAACUGCGGGCCCAUGAACAACUGCGGGCCCAUGAACUGUGGCCCGGGCAUGGGCAGCCCCCUCGGACCUCAGAGAAGCCCGAUGGUACCUUGUAACCAGGGAGGAGGCAUGAUGAGCUGUGGACCACCCCAGAGUAGUCCCAUGAACCACCCCAUGAACAGGAGUCCGUCUGUAGGCAGUCCGCUGGGACCUGUGAUGAACGCUAUGGGACAACCUUCAGAUUGUUGCCCUUAUGAUGUGAGGGGUAAAAACUGCUCAAGGAGUCCAAUGGAGUGCAGUAAAGGCAGUCCGAUUCAAGGGCCUCACGGGAUGAGCUGCAACUCACCGAUGGGCAGUCCGAUCCCCAACGGGCCGAUGGGCGGCAGUUGUGUGGGGCCCCCCAUCUCCAGCCCAAUGGGCAUGGGUGACAUGGGGGGCGGAGUGAUGAACAGAAGUCCCAUGAACGGGCCCAUGGGCAGCCCCAUGUGUGGUAUGGGUGGGCCGUCCCCUCACAUGAGCGGUCCAAACUCCAUGGGCCCGUCGCCACAUAUGGGAGGCCCGUCACCUCACAUGGGAGGCCCGUCGCCGCACAUGGGGGGCCCUUCACCACACAUGGGGGGCCCUUCGCCUCAUAUGCAAGGACCCGGUCCUUCUCCACACAUGGGUCCUAACGGUCCUUCACAUAUGGGUCCCUCACCCCAUAUGGGCGGACCCCAGUCUCAUAUGAGUGGGCCACCUUCGCACAUGAACCAAUCACCUAUGGGCGGCCCAUCACCUCACAUGGGCGGCCAGUCUCCCCACCACAUGAACACGAACAUUCCCACCAGUGAUUGUGGAGUGAACAUGAACAAUGUGAACGUUAACAGUGUGAACAUGAACUCUAUGAUGAGCAAAGGUAUGAACAACAUGAACAACGGACCUCCGACGAGUGUCAACUCUACGAUAGGAAGCGGAGGACCACCCAUCAACAGUAACGGACCGCUGAGAGGGAUGAUGAACCACAAUAUGAUGCAGGGGAUGCACCCCAUGGGCAUGCCUCAUGGGUACCAGGGACCAAAGCCCAUGCCCGUGUCUGCUGGCAAGGUGUAUCCUGUGGACCAGCCGAUGGUGUUCAACCCCCAGAACCCCAACGCACCUCCCAUCUACCCCUGCGGCAUCUGCCACAAGGAGGUCCAUGACAACGACCAGGCGAUCCUGUGUGAGUCAGGCUGCAACUUCUGGUUCCAUCGAGUUUGCACAGGACUGAUAGAAGCGGCUUACCAGCUGUUAACGCAAGAAGUGUACGCAGAGUGGGUUUGUGAUAAGUGUCUUCAGUCGAAAAACAUACCACUGGUCAAGUUCAAGCCUUAACACUGCAGCGCCCACGUAUUUAUUUCCCUUGUAAUAAACCCCCGAUGCGUCUCGCCUUUUGUACAGCUGGUUUGUACGUCGGUUUAAGCUUUUUUACUGUAAGAAUACAAUUGUCGGUUAAACUGUACAGGUUAAAAGCAAUAUCGCUAUAGUGUUUGGUGGGAUUUUAACGGAGUUGUUGCUCAAAGCAGUUACUAUUGGUUUCACUUUAGUGAUUUUAAUCAAAGUGGUAAAAAGUGAGUUUUAUGAUGUGGAGGAAAUUACCUGUCAAAAGUAAGAUUUUUGUGUUAAACACAUGACUACUCGCUAAAACACAAGUGGCACACCGUGGGUGUAAUAGAAGGCGGAAAUAAAUUAAUGAGUAGCAAAUGAGUUGAACUCUAAAACAGCUCGCCCCCCAUUUUACAUUGAUAAAGACGGAGACUAGCAGAUAGGAAUUUUACUACAAAAACAAAACAUAAUACGGUUGAGUUCAGUUAAUUUUUCCCAGCGUUAAGAAAUUUUGGCACCUUUAUUUUUUGAGUUCCUAGUGAUAUAAAAAUCUCAUCGGUUCCUAUUGGCACCUACUCGUAAAUAAUAUCUAAAUAAAUUUAAAUGGAACUCUAAACCUCUUAAUUGUAGUUGGAUCUCUCAAUAGAUUAUUUUACUGUAAAGCUACAUGCAAUCUGAGAAUGUUUUGGUUAUUGACACAGACUUUCAGAAUCAACGUAAACGCACACUUUGGGAUCGAUGCAGAAUAAUAAACUUGUGACGUCAACACUUUACGAAUCCACACUUCCUAAGACGCCAGGACACUAGUAAUUACAUUUUUACAACAGCACCUCUAUGCCACUUAAGUUUUAUUUAAUUUGAAUCGUGAAUUAUUUUUUUAGAAUUAGAAGUAGUUUCUUUGAUAAAAUACAAGGUAAGGUUAGAUUAGGUUUUUUAAGGUUCAGCCCUUGAAAUAUUCAAAUUGAAUAGUAAGACAGCAACGGCAAUGCUUUCUAGAAAUUAGGCUUACAUCAAUGUUUUGUAUUAUAAUCUGUAAAUCGCUAGGUUUUCUUUUUAGCAGUUUAGCCACAUUUUUGUCAAAGUCUUUGAUUCCAAAGUCUCCCAAUUGUUUAUUUAAUGAUAACUUAAUUAGUUCAGUGGUGUCCAAGAAGUCUUGUUUUACAGAAUUAUAAAAUAAAAAUAUAAAGAUAAAAAGAAUAAAAUAAACAAAAUUAUAAAUAUCGUAAAGAAUAAAAAGUACUUAAUUACAAUAUUUAAAAAAGAGGAUGCCAACCUCUAAAAAUAAUUUGGCAUUUAAUCACUAUAUUGACGUUAAGAUUUUCAAUUUCUGAGUCCUUUUGAAGGAAAUUUGGGAAUCCAUUUGAGUAGUGAAAAAGUAUAACUGUGUGCGGUAAAAUAUAGGAUAUAUGCUUCUCAAACAGGGAUUUAAUUUUAAAAUUUAAGCAAAAAAAGAGCAUUAACUUGUAAAUUCAGUUUAUUAUUAUUAUAACUAGAUCUCGAGUUUUAGCAGUACAUACAAGAUUACUAUCAACAACUAUUAACAAUCGUAGUAGUUAGUAAAUCAUUUCUUUACAGUUUUUGUUAUUGAGAUCCAAAUUUUGAUUUUAUUUUA